AUGGUUUUUUUAAUUUAUUUUAGUGAAAUCUUCAGUUUUUGUAUCGAUUACUAUGUGGUUUUUCAAUAUUAUGAAUUCUGUAAGUCGAUAAAUUAUGUAUAUUUGGAGAAUUUGUUGACUGAAAAAUUGAGUUUUAGAAGAAUGAUCUUAGGUUUUUUGAGUAGGAUUUGUUCAUAUUUAUAAUAGUAUGGAAUUAACAAAUAAUAUUGUGAAUUAAGAUUAGAUAGUAGUUCAGAAAAUAAAAAGACAGGACAAAGCUGGCACCGAAAUAAUGAAAGGAGUUAAGAAACACAAAAUUACAUUUAUAGAUGAAAUAGAGAAAGGGAAAGCUGUUCAAACAGUAAUUGAAGUAGAAUGCUGGAA